UAUUGGUGGCUCGUUUGAUUAUUCAGCCCACAAGUUUCACUUUGCCAGUAAUUGGUAUUUUCACUCUUCUUAGUAGACAAUUCAUUGAAAUGGAAUCCUCUAGUUUGUUUGUAAUUUGGUCACUGUCGGGCUACCUCUUUAUUUUUAUUAGUUAGUAACGUGGAAGUUGAGAGAUUUAGCCACGGAAAUGAAACCACUACCAGGUCGCAAAAAAGAAAAACGUCACACUGGUUUGCAAAAUUCCUCAAUAUUUUUUAUUAAUUGAAGAUAUUUUUUCAUUGCGUAUUGUAAUCAUAUGGUUUUUUUUCGUGAAAAUAUAACUAAAACAACAAUAUUGGCAAGCUAGUUUUGCUUUAAUACCCCUAUGAAUUGCAAAUCUUUUCAAGCAUCUGAAGGGCUAUAGAGGUUUGAUAAGGCAGUUAUUUGUAGAGCCACACAAAGAGGACUCAUUACACCGCAGUCUAAUCAUGCCUUCGAAACACGUAUGAAAAACGAAUAGCACACGCAUUCAGAGCCAUGGGCGACUUUCAGACUGGCUAAUCUUCUCCCCAUGGAAAGAGCUAGAAUCACUGCUAUAAUAAUAUCCUUCUAUUGACGGUGAGAGCAAACUUAAACCUAAAACAAUUACAGAUUUGAUGACUAAAGUAUGUUUUGGUUAGACAGAUUCAAUCCGCUGGAUAUAAAACUAAAAUUCGGGUGAAAUCUUGAUUUUUUCGAGAGAUUUGUCAUCUGUCGGAUUUCAAGACGGGCGCUUAAACGAAUCAACGUCACUCUGCGCAUACGCUAAAUAAUGUGGCAGAACAACACUGGAACAAACGCCUCAUCAGGGAGAGAAGAGUCACGUGGGCAGGGCCUGAAUCACGUGGAGCUGGUUCUUUUCCUGGUGUUUGCCUCGCUCCUCGUCAUCGUCACGAUCAUCAAUAACCUGCUGGUCAUCCUGGGGGCGUGGUCUAAUCCGCGCCUGCGCCGUGGGACGUACAGUAUCUUUGUGAGUCUGGCUGUGAGUGACGUGCUCGUUGGCGCAGUCUCCAUGCCCUUAUGGAUCUAUAUGGUUGCUUCCGGCGCUCAGAUGUCUCGCAAUCUCUUUCUGCUGUACAUCGUCUUUGAUAUUUUCAGCGCAAUGGCGUCAAUACUUCACUUGGCUGGAGUGAGCGUGGAGCGGUUCAUGGCUAUUUCUAGGCCCACGAAGUACAUGCUGUUGACUCAAAAGCCUUACAAGAAUGCAAUCAUCAUAAUGUGGCUCUUAGCCGCCUUAAUUGCUUGCCUGUUCCCGAUACAGACAACAUUCCAGUGGUCCACCAUCUUCACACUGAUGAUGUUCUCGUUCGGGUUUAUCAUUCCACUGAUCAUCAUUUCGUCCAUGUACAUCACGAUCUUCAAGAUUUCCAAGAAGGUUAUCGUGCCAAUAGAGCGCCGCGUCAGCUCUGAUGAUCUCAAGAGACAAAUGCGCAAAGAACACCAGUUAGCGCGCACCGGGGCACUCGUCACUGGGCUCUUCUUUGUCGGGUGGCUACCAUUCUUUGUGGUCAGUCUUAUCGGGAAUUUCUGCCCUCCAUGCUUGAAGCCCUACCCGGGGUUUGACCUCAAAUUGACUGCGUUUGUGAAGUUCAUGCAUUACGGUAACAGUAUGAUGAAUACAUUCGUUUACGCGUUUCUCAACACAGAGAUGAGAAGGACGUUUUCUAGGCUCCUAAGGCACAUGCUUGAGAGGAUGUUUCAGCCUGCCUGCCCGGCCCCCGUGCAGCGAGCGUGGGACAGGACCCAGAGAUGGAGAAAACUGCAGCGGAGGCUCCAGACUACUUGAUAUAGACACAAAUGGACUAUAAGCAUCCAUUCUGGGUGAGGUACUUUAUAAAGCCAGGGGAGUGUUAUAACAAUGAGAGGUAUUUUAUAAAGCCAGUGAAGUGUUAUAACGAGGUGAGGUACUUUAUAAAGCCAGGGAAGUGUUAUAACAAUGAAAGGUACUUUAUAAAGCCAGGGGAGUGUUAUAACAAUGUGAGGUACUUUGUGAGAUACUGCACGGUUAUAUUGCGAAACAAAAGGAAGAGACAUUA